AUGGGGCAAGAGGCAGCGACCUUUGAUGACGUAGCCGUGAACUCCACCUUGGAGGAGUGGGCUUUGCUGGAUCCCUCUCAGAAGAAACUCUACAAAGCUGUGAUGUUGGAAACCUUCGGACACCUGGCCUCUGCAGGAAAAAUACAGAAAGACCAAAACACUGAAGAUGAAUACGAAAAUCUGAGGAGAAAUCUAAGAAGUCAAGUUUUAGAGAGACUCUGGGAACAUAAAAAAGAUAGCGGAGUUUGGCAAAAUUUUCAGCCAGAUUCCAGACCAUGUUGUGAACAAUAAAACUGUUCCUGGGGCAAAACCGUGUGAAGGCCACGUGUUUGGAGAUGUCCCUGCUGGUGACUCAUCCCUGCCUACGCCCCUCAGAGCUCACACUGGACAGAAACCUAGUGAGCAUCAGGAAUAUGGAGAGAAGCCAAAUUAAUGUAAAGAACAAGGGAAAUACUUCAGGGAUCUUCAUUGUUUUCAGGAGCACAGAAGUACUCACACCGAAGAGAAGCCCUGUGCCUGUAAGCUGUGAGGAGAGGCCUGCAGGAGCUCUAGUCCCCUUCACACCGAGAGACACCCUGCCUACGUAAGCGGUGUGGGAAGGUCCUCAGUAGCGCCAGUUCCCUUCAAAAUCACCAGAGGAUUCACAGUGGAGAGAAACCCUGUGAAUGUCAGCAAUGUGAGAACUUCCCUUGUCCCAGUGUCCGUCAAAAACAAAAGAACUCAGACUGGAGAGAAACCCUGUGAGUCAAGCAAUGUGGGAAAGCCUUCAAUUCCCUGAGUAACGUGUGAAGACAUGAAUCAACUCACAAGGACAGAAACCCUAGGUGUGUAAGCAAUGUGGGAAAGCAUCCAAAUAUUUUAAUUUCCUUCAAAUACAUGGGAGAAUUCACACUGGAGAAACCUCACUGUGUAAGCACAGUGGGAAAGCAUUCAAUUGUGUCAGUAAUGUUCAAGCACAUUAAAAAAAUUCACAGUAGAGAAUAACCCUAAAUAUAGAAUGUAUAAAGUCUUCGUUACCACAGGACCAUUCUUGUUAAUGUGAAAUGUGUGGUGGAGGGCGGGGGCUGGAGCUCAGUGGUAGAGCACUUGCCUAGCACGUGUGAGGCACAAGGUUCAAUCCUCUAUAAAUCAAAUAAAGGUUAAAAAAAAAAAGUUUAAAAAAAUAAAAUUCAUGGUGAAGAGGACUCCUAUCAAUGUAAAAUGGGAGGGAACACCCUUAGUCAUUUCAAUUCAAUUAACAUGUAAAAUACUACAGUAUACAGAGUUCCUUGGUUAGCAGAGAUGUACAAAACCACUUGGCCCACUCGUAAGAAUGCACACUUAUCAAAUGUACACAGAUCGAAACCCUGUGAAUGUGAAAAAUGAAAAUAGUUGUCAGUUGUAACAAAUAGUUUCAAAGUCCUAUGGAAACCUCUUACAUAGUGGAGUUCUAUAAAUAUAAGUGAUAUGAAGAGCUUAUAAGUAAAAAGAUGCAAAAUAAUUUGUGUAGAAUGAUCCAGAAAAUACAAAACCUGAAGGAAAAGUUCUAAAAGGUAUAAAUAUACUGUGUUUUUCAGUGGUUCAUUUUUACAGUAGCUCUCUGGACUAUGCUGUUCUAAUGUUCACACUUGUAGAUAAACUUUGACAUGAUUAUAAGUUUUGUAUAAGCAGUAGUGUCUGCCUUGAGUAGGUAAUGCCUUUUUCAAUCAAAUCAGUUCACAAACUUUUCCUCUUUCAUUUUAAGCCAUGUUGGGUCCCUGGGUGAAUUUGAAAUGUCUUUCUAAUACCCCAUACAGCUUAAUUUUUAUGUCGUUUUAAAACAAUUGUGGUCAAUGGGCUGUUGGAAAAUGAGUUCUUG